ACAGAGCAGCCGGUUUAACGGAGAGUUUACCGUCAGAAACAGCCAGUUUGUACCAGAACAAUGAGCAGGAGUUACAAUGAUGAGUUGCAGUAUCUGGAUAAAAUCACCAGUAACUGCUGGAGGAUUAAAAAAGGCUUCGUUCCCAACAUGCAGGUUGAAGGAGUUUUCUACGUCAAUGAUUCUCUGGAGAAACUGAUGUUUGAGGAGCUUCGUAACGCCAGUAGAGGAGGAGGUUUUGGUGGAUUCCUUCCAGCCAUGAAACAAAUAGGAAACGUGGCGGCUCUUCCAGGGAUCAUACAUAAAUCCAUCGGGCUUCCUGAUGUUCACUCUGGAUACGGAUUCGCUAUCGGGAACAUGGCGGCCUUCGACAUAGACGACCCCGAUGCUGUGGUGUCUCCAGGUGGAGUCGGGUUUGACAUAAACUGCGGCGUCCGUCUGCUGAGGACGAACCUGGACGAGCGAGACGUUCAGCCGGUGAAGGAGCAGCUGGCCCAGUCGCUGUUCGACCACAUCCCAGUGGGAGUCGGGUCCAAGGGAGUCAUCCCCAUGGGAGCCAAGGAUCUGGAGGAGGCCCUUGAGAUGGGGGUUGACUGGUCUCUGAGGGAAGGCUACGCUUGGGCCGAGGACAAGGAGCACUGUGAGGAGUACGGCAGGAUGCUGCAGGCCGACCCCAACAAAGUGUCCUCGAAGGCCAAAAAGAGAGGCCUUCCUCAGCUGGGAACUCUGGGAGCAGGAAACCACUACGCUGAGAUCCAGGUGGUGGAUGAGAUCUACAACGACUACGCCGCCAAGAAGAUGGGCAUCGAUCACAAAGGUCAGGUGUGUGUGAUGAUCCACAGCGGCAGCAGAGGACUCGGACAUCAGGUCGCCACAGACGCCCUGGUUGCCAUGGAGAAGGCCAUGAAAAGAGACAAGAUCAUAGUGAAUGACCGUCAGCUGGCGUGCGCUCGCAUCACAUCUCAGGAGGGUCAGGACUACCUGAAAGGAAUGGCAGCCGCAGGGAACUACGCCUGGGUCAACCGCUCAUCCAUGACCUUCCUCACCAGACAGGCCUUCUCUAAAGUAUUCGGGACGACGCCGGACGACCUGGACAUGCACGUCAUCUACGACGUCUCGCACAACAUCGCUAAAGUGGAGGAGCACAUGGUGGACGGGAAGCAGAAGACUCUCCUGAUUCACCGUAAAGGCUCCACCAGAGCGUUCCCUCCGCACCACCCGCUCAUCCCCGUCGACUACCAGCUCACAGGUCAGCCGGUGCUGAUCGGAGGAACGAUGGGAACCUGCAGCUACGUCCUGACAGGAACCGAACAGGGCAUGACGGAAACAUUCGGCACCACGUGUCACGGAGCGGGUCGAGCUCUGUCCCGAGCAAAGUCCAGAAGGAACUUGGACUUCCAGGACGUUCUGGACAAACUGGCGGAUCAGGGAAUCGCCAUCAGAGUGGCUUCACCCAAACUCGUCAUGGAAGAGGCUCCUGAAUCGUAUAAAAACGUGACGGAUGUCGUGAACACGUGUCACGACGCAGGAAUCAGCAAGAAAGCGAUCAAACUGAGGCCGAUCGCUGUGAUCAAAGGCUGAAAGCUGCCGAGCACACGGACUAUUGAUGACAUCAUCACACUGAGACGGAUAAAAGACGGAGAGAGAUAAUCGCACUUAUCUUUUUGUUUCUGUUUUUUUUUUUUGCUUUGGAGUGAAAUUUAAGUUGAAGAUUUAUGGAAAAUCAGAAAAAGGAGAUAUUUGAUUUCUAACCUGGAAAUGUUUGUGUUGAAAUAAAGUUUACUGUAAAUGCUGAAAUAAAGCAGCACAGACAUAUUUUCCCUAAUG